CACUACAGCACACUGAUGCCUAGGGCUUUUCCGAAUGCCGCAACUGGGCCUUCCCCAUCGCUGGGAGAGUGAGGUGUGUUGAUCUAUAAACGCUUACCCCACAACCCAUCCCCAGUGCGUUCAGUAUUAUCCAGAUGGGAGGAAGGGGGGAGGGGAGACUGAGCUUCAUCUUGUUACUGGGAGGGAUCUGCACGCGGGUAAGAGGCGCCCCACGCGCGUCCACAGGGAAAGCCAGGGACUGUGAACAAAGGUUAAGGGACGUCUUUCCAGAACGCACCAGCCCGGGUUAGCUCCUGGCCACCCGCGCUAUUCUACCAUUGGCGGGAGAGAAACAACGGACCGCAAAGCCUCGCCCCGCCUGCCCCGCAGCAGACCGUGUAGACAUCAGCUCGCGAGCAUUGCAGGUCUGUGCAAGGACCAUGGGCGCCACGCUGAGCACCCGCGCGCGGCUGCCUUUCCAGCCCGGCCUGGCCUGCAGCGCCCUCCAUUUCUCGGCAUCCUCCGUGUCCACUCGAGGUUGCCACUCCAAGCCCGGGGUGGCGCGCCCUGUGCCCCUCAAGAAGCGCGGAUACGAUGUCACCAGGAACCCGCAUCUCAACAAGGGAAUGGCUUUCACACUUGAAGAAAGGUUGCAGCUUGGCAUCCAUGGCCUAAUCCCCCCUUGCUUCCUGAGCCAGGACGUCCAGCUCCUCCGGAUCAUGAGAUACUAUGAGCGACAGCAGAGUGACCUUGACAAGUACAUCAUUCUCAUGACACUGCAAGACCGGAAUGAGAAACUCUUCUACCGAGUGCUGACCUCGGACGUGGAGAAGUUCAUGCCGAUCGUGUACACGCCCACUGUGGGACUGGCCUGUCAGCACUACGGCCUGACCUUUCGCAGGCCCCGUGGGCUAUUUAUCACCAUUCAUGACAAGGGCCACCUGGCAACAAUGCUGAACUCUUGGCCAGAAGACAAUAUUAAGGCUGUGGUGGUGACUGAUGGGGAGCGCAUCCUGGGUUUGGGAGACCUGGGCUGCUACGGCAUGGGCAUCCCCGUGGGCAAGCUGGCCCUGUACACAGCAUGUGGAGGGGUGAACCCACAGCAGUGCCUCCCUGUCCUGCUGGACGUCGGCACCAACAACGAGGAGCUGCUCAGAGACCCUUUGUACAUUGGCCUGAAACACCAGCGUGUGCGUGGGAAAGAGAUGAUGACUUGCUGGACGAGUUCAUAGUAUGAUGACUUGCUGGACGAGUUCAUGCAGGCUGUGACAGACAAAUUUGGAAUAAAUUGCCUCAUCCAGUUUGAAGACUUUGCCAAUGCCAAUGCCUUCCGCCUGCUCAACAAAUACCGCAACAAGUACUGCAUGUUCAAUGAUGAUAUCCAAGGCACAGCCUCGGUUGCUGUGGCAGGGAUCCUGGCUGCUCUGCGAAUCACCAAGAACAAGCUCUCCAAUCAUGUGUUUGUUUUCCAAGGUGCAGGUGAGGCAGCCAUGGGCAUAGCCCACCUCCUUGUCAUGGCCCUAGAGAAAGAAGGCAUACCCAAGGCAGAGGCCAUAAGGAAGAUCUGGAUGGUGGAUUCCAAGGGGCUCAUUGUCAAGGGGAGGAGUCACCUGAAUCAUGAAAAGGAGAUGUUUGCCCAAGACCAUCCUGAAGUGAAUUCCCUGGAGGAGGUGGUGAGGCUGGUGAAGCCCACAGCCAUAAUAGGUGUUGCUGCCAUCGCAGGAGCCUUCACGGAGCAGAUUCUGAGGGACAUGGCCUCCUUCCACGAGCGCCCUAUCAUCUUUGCCCUGAGCAACCCCACCAGCAAGGCCGAGUGCACGGCUGAGAAGUGCUACCGGGUCACUGAGGGCCGAGGAAUCUUUGCCAGUGGAAGCCCUUUUAAGAGCGUGACUCUGGAAGAUGGCAAGACCUUCAUUCCUGGACAGGGAAACAAUGCCUAUGUGUUCCCUGGGGUGGCACUGGGAGUCAUUGCCGGUGGGAUCCGGCACAUCCCAGAUGAGAUCUUCCUCCUGACAGCAGAGCAAAUUGCCCAGGAGGUCUCUGAGCAGCACCUGUCCCAGGGGAGACUGUACCCACCACUCAGCACCAUUAGAGACGUGUCUCUAAGAAUUGCCAUCAAAGUCCUCGACUACGCGUACAAACACAACCUGGCCUCCUACUACCCAGAGCCCAAGGACAAGGAGGCUUUUGUAAGAUCCCUGGUCUACACUCCAGACUAUGACUCCUUUACGCUGGACAGCUACACGUGGCCCAAGGAAGCCAUGAAUGUUCAGACAGUCUGAUACACUUCAAGGGCUGGUAGGGGGCCAGAGUAAUACACAAUAUAAAUGGGUUCUAAAACCGUCAUUGUGACUGUGUUUUUUCCUUUGAACUUUGUGGUAUAAGGGGAAAGGCAGUGAAUGAGAACCUCAUACCUGAAGACCCUUGAAGUUCACUGAAAGUUCUUCAGACUUUUUUCCCAAGCAUUUUUUUUUGGGGGGGAGAGAUUUUUGCUAUAG